UUUCCAAAGUUAACUUCAAAGCCAAAGAAUUAAAGGAACCCACCUCCAGAUAUCACUGCAGCUGACUUUUUAAGCGAUAACCUUCUCCAAAUAUUGCAACAUGGCUUCUUCUUUACCUUCUUUUUAUGCCAUAGUUACACCAUCUUUCAAGCAUUGCAUUCGUCAACCCUUGCAAGUCAGAGCCCAAAGCUGUAGAGAUGGAGGUAGAUCAAGUGACCGCGUUGACGAGAAUUUGAGUGUUCUAAGGGAGAGGAUAGAGCAGGUGAAGAUCAAGGAGAAGCUGGAGAGAUGUUGCAGAUGCGAGUAUGGUUGGAACUAUGCAGCUGGCUAUAAUUACAAGGCGAAAAGAGAUGGGGGGAUAUCAGAAUUCUUUGAGCUUGUGCGUUUGGUUGGAAUAACUCUUGGCUUCACCUGCCUUACAGGCACCGUUUUCCUUUGCCUUGUUUCUUUAUUUGUUCAUUUGAAUCAAUGAUUUCAUCAAUUCUCGCAACAUAUAUAUAUUAUUCU